ACGAUCAUCAUAGGAGAAAUCUGCCAUACCAGGGUGGCAGGGAUUUGCUUCGUUGCACGCCUCUGAACAUUUUCGAUAGCUUCUAUGUGUUUCACUAGAUGGGGAGCCCAUAUCUGAUUUGCGUACUCCAGCGAGAACACAAGGAGAUACGGAUCGCUGUGCCAUGGGGGCACAUCGCAGCACGAGAGUGGGGUGAUGCUUCAUCCCUUACUAAGGUGCUCUGCCUUCAUGGAUGGCAGGACAAUGCUAACUCAUUUGAACCUCUAGUUCAGUAUUUCCCACCUGGUUUCCACGUAGUGGCGAUCGAUUUCCCAGGACAUGGACUGUCAUCGCAUCUGCCCCUAGGCAUGGCUUACAACUUCAGUGAUUGGGUCGUCCAUGUGCGCAGGGUUACAAAAGAUCUUCAAUGGAAACAUUGCCACAUCGUUGCGCACAGUAUGGGUGCCAGUGUUGCCAUGUUGUAUUCUGGAACAUUUCCUGAGGCCGUCGAGAGUUUUGUUUGCUUUGAUUUGUCAAGCCCAGUAAUUCACAGAGUGGAGAACGGACCGGAUAGACUUCACGAAGCUGCAGAUCAGAUAGUCAAGUAUGAUCAUGAGCACUACGGACUGUACGACUUUGAGGAGACUGUGCAGAGGUAUAUAAAGUCAACAUUUGGAUCAGUGACAAGGGAGUCUGGUGUUUUACUAAUGGAGAGAGGCACAACAGCGGAUGGUCAAGGUGUCACGAUCACAUUGCCGACGAGGCUGACUGCGCUCAUGGGCACCGUCGCCUCGUCGCAGACGACGCGCGUGUACUCGGCGCGGAAGCGCGGCGACGCGACGGCGUAG